AUGACAGAAUUUACUUUAAUAUAUAAUAAAUAUUAUAAUAGUUUAUCAGAAACAUAUAACUAUUAUUUAUCAAGAAGAGAUGAAAGACUUUUAAACCUUCCUUUGGUAAACAAACCACAAGAUAUGAUAAUAUUAAUAUUAUCAUAUUAUUUUAUAAUUUUCUUUGGUAAAAAAUUAAUGAAAACUCAAAAACCAUUCAAUUUAAGAUAUCCCCUAAUCAUCCAUAACGCAUUUUGUACACUUCUCAGUGUAUAUAUGGUAUUUGAAAUCUUACAUCAAGCAAAUGCUAAUGACUAUUCAUUAGUAUGCAAUCCUGUUGACUACAGCGAAAAAGGUAUUGGUAUGGCAAAAGUUCUUUGGUUAUUUUAUUUUUCAAAAUUCAUUGAAUUUAUAGAUACAAUUUUUAUGGUUCUAAGAAAAAAAGAUAAUCAAAUUACAGUAAGUGGUGAUAGUUAUAUUUCAGCUUUAAUGAAUUCAAUUAUACAUUCAAUAAUGUACAGCUAUUAUACAUUAGCUUUAUUUGGUAUCAAUGUUUGGUGGAAGAAAUAUUUAACUCAAAUUCAACUUAUUCAAUUCGUUGUAAACAUUGCUGCCUCUGGUUACUCAAUUUAUAAUGACUGUAAUUUCGUAAAAGGUUUACACUGGCUUAUGAUUGGUUAUAUGCUUUGUUUUGUUACUCUCUUUGGUGCCUUUUACAUCAAAACCUACAUCAAAAAAUCAUCAGCAAAGAAAAAAUCAGUCUAA